AUGAAGAGGGUAUUCUCAUCUACUCAGGCAAAUCGCCUUUACACCAGGAUGGAGAAAAAUUUUCUUCGUGAGAGGAUUCAUACAUCUAGACGAGACUUAGCAAAGGUAGACAGGGAAUUGAUCGACCUAUUUUAUAUCCUUACCGCCAACAUGCAACCUGUAGACUGGGACAAGAUUGACGGAAUAACAUACCAAAAUAUGCAAAAUGAAUUGGAAAGAACAUCAGCUCGCCAGAAGAUCAAAUAUGAAAAACUGCAACCAAAAACCAAGCCGGAAUAUAGGAUAUCUCUUGAACCUGCUCGAACCGUGGUGAAUCUCACAGAUAAGACCCUUACGACAUCAGAAGUAACAUUAUUAGCGAAGGGAGGAAACUUUGCCAUAACACCGAAAGUGGUUCCAGUGGAAGACAUUAUUGCCGGAACAGAAGCUGCCAUACGUAACCUUCCUAACAGUAUCGCAGACGAAAUCCGAUUUGAAACGGUCAACAUAUUGAGAACUGCUAAGGCUCCAAAAAGUAAUCUGUCUAGGGAAGAACAUCAGGCUCUAAAAUCGCUGAAUGCUGACAAGGACAUUCUGGUCUUACCGGCAGACAAGGGGAAUGCUACGGUAGUAAUGAAGUCUGAGGAUUAUAGGUCCAAAAUCGAGGAUCUACUGGAGCCCCAGACUUAUAAGUUACUGAAGAAGGAUCCUACUGCCUUAAUUGUCAGAAACACCAACAGACUCAUCAAGGCCUCCUCACUCCCGGAACAUCUGAAAUCAAAAUUAAUUAACUCGGAAGCUCAACCACCACGCCUUUAUGGACUACCAAAAAUUCAUAAAGCUAGUGUCCCACUUAGACCGAUAGUGAGUGCUCCAGGAUCGCCUACUUACAACUUAGCUAAAUACUUGACUACGAUCCUACAACCGAAAGUCGGCAACACAAACUCUUAUGUGAAGGACUCAACGCAUUUCGUCCAAAAGCUAAAAGAUAUAAAACUGGAACCAUCUGACAUCAUGGUAAGCUUCGAUGUGGUAUCUCUAUUCACGAGAGUACCCCUAGGCGAGUCAAUGGAUCUAAUCAAGGAAUCAUUCCCACCUGACAUCGCGGAGCUCUUCCGAGUGUGUCUGACUGGUAGCUAUUUCUUAUGGAACGGCAAUUACUACGAACAAACAGAAGGUGUCGCAAUGGGUAGCCCAAUCAGCCCAAUAAUUGCUAAUUUCUUUAUGGAGAGAUUUGAAGAAAAAGCGCUAGAGUCAUCCGUUCUGAAGCCCGCUGUAUGGUUUCGUUAUGUGGACGAUACAUUUGUGGUUUGGAAACAUGGACGUGACAGCCUAGAUGACUUCCUUCAUCACCUUAAUUCGCAGAGCCCGAGCAUAAAAUUUACCAUGGAAACCGAAGUAAACAACCAACUGGCCUUCCUCGAUGUGCUUGUCAAGAGAAAUGGCGACCUUUUGGAUCACACCGUGUAUCGAAAACCCACUCAUACAGACCGGUACUUACACAAACUAUCAAAUCACCAUCCAAGCCAAAAACAGGGGAUUAUCGGAACAUUAGCAAAUAGGGCAAGACGUAUCUGUGCUAAUGAACACAUCCAAGAGGAACUAAGUCAUUUAAAUAAAGCCUUUCUUGCCAAUGGCUAUAAUGACAGAGAAAUAAAGGCGGCGCUGGCACCUAGGCAGAGGAGACCUGACGCCAAUGAACAGGAAAACAUCAUUAAUAAGGCCUUCCUUCCAUAUGUUUCCCAGGUCACCGAUAGGAUUGGUAAAGUUCUCAAGAAGCAUAACAUCAAAACCAUAUACAAACCUACCCGAAAAAUAAGGGACUGCUUAAGACCAGCAAAAGACAAAAGAGAACCAUUAUCCUCUGCAGGGAUCUACCGUAUACCUUGUUCCUGCGGUAGCGUAUAUAUUGGAACUACCAAACGCUCAGUAGGAACGAGACUUACGGAACACAAGAGAAACUGCAGAUUAGGGCAAACAGAGAAGUCAGCCGUAGCAGAACAUGCUCUAAGAGAUGGUGAUCACAAAAUCCAAUUCGAAGACACCCAAGUCAUUGCCACAACAUCUGGAUAUCAUCCUCGUCUGGUCAGGGAAGCUGUUGAAAUUCACAAACAUCCAAAUAAUUUCAACAGGAAGGAAGAAACUUUCUACCUUAACAGAAUUUGGCAUCCAGCUAUAUCUAGGACCAAAGUAGCAGCACAGAGAAGUAGACCAGUUCCGGAAGAACUACCACCCGAACAAGCCACGCCCCCUCCGCCGACGCAUAAAUACGCGCUACGCCGACGCGGAGGCAUCAGUCUAGUGUGA